GCUAGCCAGCAAACUAGCCAAAAAGCUAGCUAAUGAAAUCCACAGCUGCAAAGGAGGAGGAGGAAGAAAUAGUGGGAGGGUCUGUGAAAGAGAUGCCCACAAGAAUCGGACUGGCGAAGCGAGGUUUCGAGGCGGCUAGUUAACUACCGAAACUAAUCAAAGGGACACCCGUACCAGUACUGGAAUCAUCAAUUGGGUUUAUGACAAAAAACUAUAAAUCAGAUUCCGGUACUGUAACCUUCGGGAAAUCGUAAUUCAACGUGAACGGCUUUGACACCUCGCUGACAACAUGGCUGAAUUUAGCAUCGAUCAGAACAAACUGCCUGGAGUAAAAGAAGUUGUUCGGGACUUUGCUGUGCUGGAGGACCACUGCCUGGCCCAUAACCUCCAGGAGCAGGAAAUUGAGAGCCACUUGGCGUCCAACAUCCACAAGAGCCGUCUGGUGCAGCAGGACGUAGCGUUGGCCAAGCAGCUGCAGGAAGAGGAGGACCGGAGGGCCAAGGCCAAGGCCUACAGACAGCACCGAGACAUUGAGCGCAGUGACAAUGAGAUUGCCCAGGAGAUUCAGGUUGAACUGGUCCGACAGGCAAAGCAGCAGCGGAUGCAGGAGGAGAAGGAUGCGGCCAUCGCUCGUAAACUGCAGGAGAAGGAGAUGAAGGGGGAGAGGAAGCGACAGAAGCAGCUGGAGGCUAACUUUGAGGAGGAGUACUACGAGGAUAAAGCCAUCCGAGCCCCUCUGGACCUGGAUGACAAACCCAGGCAGCCUGGUUCUAACUCCCACUCUUCAGAGAGAGACUCUGCGGAGCCUAGCACCAGCUCUCUUUCCAGAUACCCCGAGCACCAUUUAGAGAGUAGGGGAGAGGGUAGCAGGGGCAAGCAUGGAGACACAUACCCUGAGCACCACCACUCCAAUAGCAGGGGGAAACAUGGGGACAGGUACCCCGACUACCACCACCCCGAUGAGGGUAGAAGCAGAGGGAAGGAGGGCCGGAGGAGCAGAGACCCUCAGGGGUCCCAGUCUACUUUCUUUGCGGACAGCCAUGAGCCCAGGAGACACAGAGAGGAUAGAGGGGAGGAGGGGGAACGGGUGGUGAGGAGGAAGGAGAGGCCUGCCCGGCCACCACCGCCAUCCCACAACCCUGUGAAGAGAGACGAGGCUUGGGAUAGAGAGAGAGACCGGGAGUGGGAGAAAGACAUACAGAGAGAACCCAGGAAAAGUGAGAGAGACUCACCGAGACAGGAAAGACACGGGGAGCGAUCGCUAGACCGAGAGCAUAGCCGAGACAAACCCAAACACAAAGAAAAAGACAGAGAGAGAACCAAGAUCAGGGAGCGAGGUCUGGAUGAAGACCAGGACGAAUCCAUCCCCAGUAGCCGCAGCCGGGCCUGGAACGGUGGUGGGGAGGAGGCCCCUGGCAGUGGGGAUGAUGAGGGGGGGCCCAGGGCCCGCCUGACGCUCCCCUCUGGCCCCAUUGAGCUGUGUGAGGAGGAUGUGAGGAGGAGCCCCAGGAUGGGGAGAGAGAAAGGGGAGAGGAGGGGGCACAGGGACCCUGGGGAGGGCCCCAGCACAGGCAAGGAGCACUCCCAUACUCGCCCCGCUCCCAGGAACCCAGGUCGUAUUGUGCAAGGAGGACCAGGGGGUCGUGGAGCAGUGGUAGUGGCAGGGGAGUACGGGCUGGGCGAGGCCACCCAGGGCAUCACUAAGCUGGACCUGCGGGACCAGGAGCUGCUGGACAUGGAGGUGGCCCGGAAACUACAGGAGGAGGAGGUGAAGGCAAGCAAGAUGGACAAGCGUUCGGCCCAAGUGGCCCAGGAUGAGGAGAUAGCCCGGCUGCUGAUGGAGCAGGAGAAGAUGGAGUACAAGAAGUCCAGAGAGAAGGAGAAGCAGAAGCAGGGGAUGAGGCCGGAAGAGAGGGGGAUGAGGCCGGAAGAGAGGGGGAUGAGGCCGGAAGAGAGGGGGAUGAGGCCGGAAGAGAGAAGGAGGCCAGAGGGAGGAGACUACAAGCCAAGCUCAGAGGAGGUAGUGCGUCCCAGACUACGAGAGGAGGAAUACCAGAAGCCCAGGAACCACCAAAAGCCUGCCAGGCCUUCUCAACCUCCUCCACAUGACUAUGAGAAUGUGGAGUCCAUCUACAGCUGCUCAGAGAGCCACUAUUCUUCCCGCACUCCGGCCAGACCUGAGGCUGCUUACAAAGGUGUCUACUACAGACAGUGACCCAGGCUGCCUAAGCCGUCCAUCAGUGAGUGAAUUUUUUUAUUUUGUUUGUUUUUGUAAGUUUACUCUUCAUUGCUGUAUUUGAAGAAGAAAAAAACUCCCAUGACUUUCUAUUGUCCACAAGCCUUGGAACAAUGUACCUAGCUGAAACCCAAACGCUCUCAUUUGUUUCCUUCUUUUAACUGACGACGACAACAAAGACAACCCAAAGGAGAUGCCUUGUGACAUUCUAACUCCUGCUGGCUCUUAACUGUGGAUGAUGCUGUUGAUUCUAAGAUGUAUUUAUUUUUUAAAGAGGGAAAUGUUCCUGUUUUGCUGUAGUCGUCGUUUGCUGGUGUUUCUGUCCGUCUGUGGAUCAUGCUCGUCAUGGUGGAUCAGGCCUUUGCUGGAUAUAUAACUGCAAUCUCUGUCUCUGUAUCAAUGGCGGUCUAUGGGAUGUGCCUGUCUUUGGAUCCAAAAUGGUGGCUGCGUGGUUCUGUGUACUCCCAGGCUCCAGUUCUCCUGCCCUUGUAUUGUGCUGCACAUCAAGGCUAAACAAAAUGACAGGCCCGGUCCAAAACGCUAUUAUAUCAGGAUAAUGGAUCUUUGUGUUUAACGUCUUUCCAGUCCGGAAGCGGAUGGUGAUCAUAUGUUGACUUCUGACUUGUUGCUGUCUGUAAGCUCUCUACUUUUACCUGUGUGUUCCUGUGUCUUUCUAAGGAGCUGGUGUAUAUAGCUGCUUGGAGUAAUGACUUGGAGGUGGAAGUGGAGCAUUAUGGGACAUACUGCUAUGAUUGUGUUUCUACGUGCAUGCUUACUGAAAGUGUACUCUCCUGUGUGCUGCAAUUCUGUUCCCUCUGCGAAACUCUGACACUCUCUCUCUGUUAGUCAACAAGAGCACAAGUCACUGCAAACGCCAAUCAGUUGGUUUGUGGAUUAACAAAAUAUGCUAUUUUAAAUGUUACCCCUAAUAUAUUUGAUCAGAUGUUCCGUCAGUAUUUGAUUUAGUGAUAUCUGCUUACAAACUGGCAUCGGCACAUGCUCUCAGCGCUAAGACAAGUGGACCAGUAAGAAUUGAAUGCAUGUACAUUUCAGAUCUGUGCCAAACAUAACAUUGUGCUUGUCUUGUAAGAGCUGUGUUCACUAGGAACGGGACAAAAUGGGGAGGGACCAACCUGAAUUUGUCCAAUAGAAACUCUUGUUUUUGUUGUAAAACGUUUUCCAUUGCGAUAUGUUUUGCUACAAUGUGCACUAAUUAAUACAACCCAGGUCGUGUUUUCCUAACCAACCGUGUCCAUUGGUUGAACGGUUGACUCGUUGGUCACCUGUUAGAGUGCAAGUCACAUCUGAAUUACUGUUUCUGCAUUUUAUUUAGUUUAUAUAAUUUUAUUUCGUCUUAUUUUAUUUGGCAUCACUCUUUAAAAGGCAUUUAUCUCAUUUCCUGUACAUUCCAUUCCUGAUUAAAUGCAUUCACUCUCUCGGUCUCUCACACACACUCACACACACACACCACUCUCUAAGAGGGUUAUCACUUCCUGUGUGUGUAACAAGAGUAAACAUUCCCAGGGUAAACAUUAGUGUGGAGGGAAGUAUCCGUCAUCCACAGAAUCAACAGAGAAAGUGAGAACAUGAUGUUAUUCCACUCAAAGGGACCUUUAGACUCAGACAGCUGGGUGGUAGGGUUAACUUCUCAGACAGCUGGGUGAUAGGGUUAACCUCUCAGACAGCUGGGUGGUAGGGUUAACCUCUCAGACAGCUGGGUGAUAGGGUUAACUUCUCAGACAGCUGGGUGAUAGGGUUAACUUCUCAGACAGCUGGGUGAUAGGGUUAACUUCUCAGACAGCUGGGUGAUAGGGUUAACUUCUCAGACAGCUGGGUGAUAGGGUUAACUUCUCAGACAGCUGGGUGAUAGGGUUAACUUCUCAGACAGCUGGGUGAUAGGGUUAACUUCUCAGACAGCUGGGUGAUAGGGUUAACUUUUCAGACAGCUGGGUGAUAGGGUUAACUUCUCAGACAGCUGGGUGAUAGGGUUAACUUUUCAGACAGCUGGGUGAUAGGGUUAACUUCUCAGACAGCUGGGUGAUAGGGUUAACUUCUCAGACAGCUGGGUGGUAGGGUUAACUUCUCAGACAGCUGGGUGGUAGGGUUAACUUCUCAGACAGCUGGGUGAUAGGGUUAACUUCAGACAGCUGGGUGAUAGGGUUAACUUCUCAGACAGCUGGGUGAUAGGGUUAACUUCUCAGACAGCUGGGUGAUAGGGUUAACUUCUCAGACAGCUGGGUGAUAGGGUUAACUUUUCAGACAGCUGGGUGAUAGGGUUAACUGCUCCAUGGCCAGUUUAGUCUUCUUCUUUUUUUAAAUGUAUUGAAUGAGGAUGGUAAUAGUGGCAAUAGAUUAAACACUUUUUGAUUACCAGACAUCAUACUUUAAUAGGAUCCAUGCUAUAUCAAAGGGAUUACAGGAGACUAUAUAGGGACUUUUAGAGAUAGAAUGCGUCCCAAAUUGCACCCUAUAGUGCACUACUUUUGACCAGGGCCAAUAAUGCUUUGGUCAAAAGUAGUGCAUGAAUAGGGUGCCAUUUUGGACGUAGACAUACUGUACUGCCAAUCGUCAUGUUACCGCCAUGUUCAUAUCAUGUAUUAUAGCCUAAUUAUGGUUUAUUACACACACACAAAGAGUAAUCUCAGUUUCCAGUUUGAUCGAAUUCAAUGUUUAAUUAUGAUUCUGUCGUAUUUAGAUUUUUGAUAGUCUAUGAUGGUCUUUUUGUUGUUGAUAUACCUUGUCCAAGUUGGUAGCAUCUGCCUCAAGACUUUUUCGAGACUCUUCUGUGCGUGUCAAAGACAUUCUAGAUUUGUAAAAUGUUCUCACUGUUGUAGGAUGGACAGGAUUUGUGCCAUACGGAUGUUUUUUUCAGGGACUUGUAGAUAACAGGGAAUCUCAGCUCCUUUUAAGGUAAUGACAAUUGAGGAGGAUUGGUGUAGAACCGCCCAGAACUGAGAUGUGUAUCUUUUUAAUGUGGUAAUAGCACCAUCUUGUGGACAUAUUGAAUACCAAAUUAAAACAUGUACCGUAUCUGAUCAGAUAGUGAGUGCAUGUUGGUGAUUUCUGUAUAAUGAUUGUCCUAUAUGCUUUGAGUGCAAUCUGAACCGAAGUCAAGUGUAAUGUUUUUGUUUUGCGAUCCAGGGCCUGAAUGCAAUCUACAAAUGAAAUAAUUAGUGACUGUGUUGGCACUUACUGUAACUGAGACUGUUUUGUAUCAUGAACUGAAUAAACAGUUGACAUAAACAUUGA